GCCAAUCAGUACAUCUACUCGGUCCGGUCCUGCAAUCAGAUGAGAAGGCGGGCUUUUCCUGUAAGUUCCUCUCUGAAGCCUAGCAAUCCCCGGUGUUUACAUUUGCUGUGUUCUGUGUGCGGCUGCCGGGUGCUGUGAGGAGAGCUCAGGCAAGCUCAGAAGUCCCGACAUGGGUGUUGUGACCUAUGAUGAUGUGCAUGUGAACUUCACUCAGGAAGAGUGGGCUUUGCUGGAUCCUUCUCAAAAGAGUCUCUACAGAGAUGUGAUGCUGGAGACCUGCAGGAAUCUCGCUGCUAUAGGCUACAGUUGGGAAGACCAUGAAACUGAAGAACAUUUUCAAAGUCCUAGAAGACAUGGAAGGCAUGAAAAAAGUCAUAUUGAAGAAAAACCCUCUGAAUUUACUCAAUGUGGUAAAGUCUUUGCAUAUCAGAGCCAUCCUCAAAGUCAUCAACGUAUUCAUACUAUUGAGAAAUCCUAUGAAGGUAUUCAAUAUUUUGAGACUUUUACGUAUCACAAUAGUUUCCAAAUACAUAAAAGAACUCAUGGUGAAGACAAAUCCUAUAUGUGCAACCAAUGUGGUAAAGCCUUUGUAUGUCACAAUUCUUUUCAAAGGCAUAAAAGAAUUCAUACAGGUGAGAAACCUUAUGCACAACACAGUCAUCUUCAACAGCAUGAAAGAAUUCAUACUGUUAAAUGUAAGCAAAGUGGAAAAGACAUUGCAUAUUAUACUAAUCUCCGAAUACAUCAAAGAACACGUGCUGGAGAGAAACCCUAUGAAUGUAUUCUCUGUGGUAAAGCCUUUGUACAUCACAGUCAUCUUGAAAGGCAUGAAAGAUCUCAUACUGGGGAGAAACCCUAUGAAUGUAACCAAUGUGGUAAAGCCUUUUCACAAAACAGUAGUCUCCAAAUACAUAAAAGAACACAUACUGGAGAGAAACCCUAUGAAUGUAAGCAAUGUGGUAAAGCCUUUUCAUGUCAGAGUGGUCUCCAACAGCAUAAAAAAACACAUCCUGGAGAGAAACCCUAUGAAUGUGAGCAAUGUGGUAAAGCCUUUGCAUGUCAAAGUGAUCUCCAACAGCAUAAAAGAACACAUACUGGAGAGAAACCCUAUAAAUGUAACCAGUGUGAUAAAGCCUUCGCACGGCACUGUUAUCUUCAAAGGCAUCAAAGAAUUCAUACUGUAGAGAAACCCUAUGAAUGUAAUCAAUGUGGUAAAUUCUUUGCACACAACAGUCAGUUUCUACGACAUAAAAGAACGCAUACUGAAAAGAGACCCUAUGAAUGCAAUCAAUGUGAUAAAGCCUUUGCAUGUCAAACUAGUCUCCUGUAUCAUAAAAAAACACAUACUGGAGAGAAGCCAUAUGAAUGUAAUGAAUGUGGUAAAGCCUUUGUACUUCACAGUCAUCUUCAAAUACAUAAAAGAAUACAUACUGGAGAGAAACCCUAUGAAUGUAAACAAUGUGGCAAAGCCUUUGCAAGUAACAGUAAUCUCCAGGUGCAUAAAAGAAUACAUACUGGCGAGAAACCCUAUGAAUGUGAGCAAUGUGGUAAAGCCUUUGGGUUUCAGAGUGGUCUCCAAAAACAUAAACGAACACAUACUGGAAAGAAACCCUAUGAAUGUAAGCAAUGUGAUAAAGCCUUUGCAUGUCAGACAUCUUAAAAGGCACUAAAGAAACUAUACUGUAGAGAAACCCUGUGAGUAUAUUUAAUAUAGUGAAGCCUUUGUGCAUUUCUAUAGUCUUCAUCAGCAUGUAAGAAUCCAUACUGGAGAGAAACUAUGAAUGUACUACAUUGGUUCAAGCCUUUUCACAUUUCACAAGUCUUCAUCAUCAUGAAAGAAUUCAUAAUGGGGCAAAACUUGAAUAUAUUUAAUAUGGUGAAACAUUUGAACACUUCUGCAGUCUUCAUCAUCAUGAAACUAUUCCUACUGGAGAGAAACUAUGACUACAAAGGAUUUGGUAAUAUGUAUAGUUGUCAUACUUCCAUUCAAUUACACAAGAUUAUUUUUCUGAAGAAAAAAAAUGUGACAAGUGUCAACAAUCUAUUCAAGCAUUAUGAUGUGACGUGCCUCUUUAUUUUGUUUGCACUUGCAAACACAGGAAUCCCUGUUCAUUUUGUUUGCAUUGAUAAUCAUAGUCCUCUACAAUUACAUGAAAUAGCUCAUCCAGGUGUAAAACUUUGUUUGUUUUAUUUGUAAAUACAUCCAGGUGUAUUUUGAAAGGUUUGGAGUAGGUAUUGAAGUUUGCUGUAUGUCUUGCAAAUAUAUUUGCAAAAGUGCUUUUUAUGUUGCUGUGGUAAAACACAAUGUCUAAGGCAGCUUAUAAAAGAGCUUAAUUUGGCUUAUCCAAAGUAGGCAGAAGUGGCAGAGGGAGGGAGGGAGGUGGGAGGGAAUGGAGGGUUUAGCAUCAGGUGUAGAGAGGACAGGAGAGAUGGCUAGAUGGUCAUGAAAAUGAAUGGAGAUCUUCAACUCACAGGGGAGAGGAGGAAGGGGACAUCUCCAGGAAGAGACAAAAACCUAGGAUAAGGCAGGUGCCCAAGAAUCAGUGGAGGUUACCCUAGCUGUGACUCACAACACUAGGGACGUGGAACCUGAGGAGGCCACCUCCUGUAGCCAGGCAGGAACCUCAGUGGAGCAGUAGAGGCACCACCCACCCUCAAAAGGUUCAACCCUAAAAGUAUCCUGUCUACAAGAAAUGCAGGUAAAUGGCAUGGAGCGGAGACUGAGGGAAUGUCCAAACAGUUAACUUUGGGGCGUUCUAGAGAGGUUCCACUCUAAGGGAAGACACACCACAAUUUUGGGUGUCACCAUACAUGGGAUUAGGUCCCUAGCUGAAUUAAAAACAAAAAACAAAAAAACAAACAAAAAAACCAGAAAACAAAAACCAGGAACUAAAGUUAAGGCAAGCACAUCAUCAAGAUUCAUUGGUGAUGUUUAAACAUUUUAACAUUUAUCCUUUGUUUCCUUCCUCUUUUCAUUUUUUUUUUGUAUUUCCUCCAUCAUUACCUGUUGCCAUCUUUACUUCCAUGUUCUCUUCUUCUUUCUUUCUUUACUUUCUUCAUUUACUUUUGGUUUGGUCUCCAGUAUCCCAGAUCCCUGUUUGUACUGUAGCUAAGGAUGACCUUGAACUUCUGACUUUCUCCUCCCUCCCUGCUCUUAGGAUGACAGGCAUGCCCAAUUUUCUUUGUUUCUUGCCAGCUGUUUGCUCACAGCAACAACAAAAUAAAGUAAUACACAUAGCUGUGCUGAGCUCUGCUCUUCUUAUUCCUGACCUGUUUGUUGCAGAUCCUCAAGUGAUUGAAAGUAGGCACAUACUUUAAAGCCUGGAUCUUCUACAUCUGGUUCUGCCUAGUUCUCUUCUGCUUCUAGACAGGCAGCCACCUUCCUGGGUUUUUCCCUCCUAGUAUAUCUCUUGUGUGAGGUUUGUUGUGUGCUGUGACUUUGUGGCGUUCCUUGAUUCCCUGUUGCCAGGAUACUUUAGGAGCAGAGCUGUAACCGAGCAGAGCUGUUAGCACCUUGACUGGAUGGUUUCCCAGGCAGGAGCAGAGCCAUAACAUUUUCUCUGGAACUUUCCCCUUGCCACAACAUAGCUGUAACACUUUCUCUGGGAAACCAUCCCCAUGCAGAGCAGAGAUGUUAGAGUUGUAUUGGGGAAAGCUCCCUUGCAUCUGAGGAGAACUUGUGAAGGGGAAACUGUUCUCCUCAGAGCUGCAGUACUUACAUUUGUAUGUCCUGUCUUUCUGAGAACUCACAUAUAUUCUGUUGUCCCUGUAUUUCAGUAUGAAGAUUCUUAGAAUUGUAUCUAUGUGUCUUUUUAGUAUUUUGUGAACACUGUGGUGUCUAAUACUUCUUAAUUCUGAGAAUUGAACCUUCAGGGACAUGACAAAUAUGUCCUCGCCUCUAUGUCUGACAUUGACACCAUCUUGCUGCUAAGCUGACCUCUCUUAGAUUUCCUUUCUCCUUCCUUUAUUCCCACCAAAGAGUUUCUCUAUGCCUCUUGGAACAUGUCAUUACACCAGCAGUGUUUCCUUCAUCUGUGUGAAAUGACUUAUAGUUGACGUAAAGAUUCAUGCAAUUCACAGAAACUGAUAACUCCUGUAUCAUUUCAGUCAUAAAUUAACUUACUUUCUUUCUGUACAAAUACACUUACAUAAAAAUGGCAUAUAUCCUAUUGAUAAGCAUGGAAACACCGGGAAAACAAGUAAUAUGGAAUAAAAAUCAUUUGUAAAAGUCACAUCUGUGUUAAAAUUCCAAUAUUAUGUUUAACAUUCACAGUUGGCAUGUGACUAACUUUUCUGAGUGUGUUCUGAUCACAUAUAAGAUGGGAAUAUAGAAAUGAGUAUACUUUACCUUACAGGAAAUGGGCAUAUUUUACCUUAUAAUUGGUGGGUCUUUUAUAGUUAGGCAUAUCAUGUGAAAUUUAAACUGAUAGAAUUUUUCUUUUAUUUAUGAAAUGUGUAUUUCAAGAAUUUUAAAAGUAUAGCUAGAGAAUACGGAAGGUUUUUUGAUGUAUUCUCAUGUGAUUGCUAAUGUAUUGGAACAAUGAAAAAUCAUAUAUACAUUAAUUACAUGGUUUGGUCAAAGGUUGAGCAGGUACGGUCACCUGCCACCAAGCCUGGUGAUCUGAGUUCAAUCUCUGGAAUCCACUUGAUGGAAGGAAAGAAGUGAUUCCUACAAAUUGUCCUCUGACUUCUACAUGCCAACUGUGGCUUUCAGAAACCCAAUACAAAUAUACAUUGUAAUGGUUUGAAUAUGCUUGGUCCAGGGAGUGGCAGUAUUUGGAGGUGUGGCCUUGUUGGAGUAGGUGUGUCAUUGUGUAUGUGGCCUUUAAUACUCUCUUCCUAGCUGCCUGGAAACCAUUCUUCUCCUAGUGGCCUUCAGAUGAAGUCGUAGAACUCCCAGCAGCUCCUGCCCCAUGCUUGCCUGGAUACUGCCAUGCUCUGCCUUGAUGAUAACAGACUGAACCUCUGAACCUGUAAGCCAGCCCCAAUUAAAUGUCCUUAUAAUAGU